GCAUUGUUCCCACAGGGCCACGCGCCAAGAGCGGUUUGAGAUUUCUUUUCAUACGCAAGGGUGCGCGCGGACAGUUAGCAACAGUGUUCCCGAGCACUCCGCAGUGCCUUGUUCGCCGUUAGGAGUCUGGUUUCUUCGACGCCGCUCUCUCCCCCUCUCCUCGCGCGGAUUAUUACUGCCCCCUCCUCGAGUGGCCGGAAGCGGGAUGUGAUGUAGAAAUCACAUUGAAACUUUUUUUUUUCCCUUCUUGUGUGUGCAGACCUUCCGAUGCAUUGAAAGACAGUGAGAAACAUCAACUUUUUGAUAAUGAUCUGGGAAUUUUAAUUAAUCUUCGCCUCUGGAUGCGAUCGCAGCGGAUGUAGAGAAAUAGCGGAACACCGGCAAGAUCACACAACAGAGAUGUAGUCUCUGUUCUCAGGUGUCCACUGACGUCCCCUGCCCAACAUGCUGUUGUUUGUGCUGCUGGUCCUGCAGAGCUACGCACGUGCUCAGAUAGACCCAGCACACUGCCGCUACCCUCUUGGCAUGGAGGAUGGCAGGAUCAAGGACGAUGAAAUCACUGCUUCUAGCCAAUGGUAUGAGACCACAGGGCCACAGUAUGCCAGGCUGAAUCGGGAGGAGGGGGACGGGGCCUGGUGUCCAGCGGGCCUCCUGCAGCCCUCGGACGUGCAGUUCCUGCAGCUGGACCUGCGGCUGCUCACCUUCGUCACCGUGGUGGGCACCCAGGGCCGGCACGCCCACGGCACGGGCAACGAGUUCGCCCGCAUGUACCGCCUGGACUACAGCCGGGACAACGAAGUCUGGAAGUCCUGGAAGAAUCGCCUCGGCAACAAGAUUGUGGAGGCGAACGAUAACGCCUACGCCUCGGUGAUAAAGGACCUGCGCCCCCCGAUCAUCGCUCGAUACCUGCGCAUCAUUCCCGUCACCAGGCUCCCCACCACCGUGUGCAUGAGAGUGGAGCUGUACGGCUGCCCCUGGCACGAUGGCCUGACUUCUUACAGCGCUCCAGAGGGGCAGGUUAUGGCAGCGCCUGGCUAUCCAAUCACCAGCCUCAACGACUCCACGUACGACGGCUACCUUGAGCGCCGGAAACUCUUUGAUGGGCUGGGUCAGCUGACCGACGGCGUGAUUGGACAGGACGACUUCCUCCUGACCCGGCAGUACCACGUGUGGCCCGGGUACGACUACGUGGGCUGGAGGAACGACAGCCUGGGGCCCGGCUACGUGGAGAUGCAGUUCAUCUUCGACCGGCCCAGGAAUUUCACUGCAAUGAAGGUGCACUGUAAUAACAUGUUCUCGCGGGGGGUGAAGAUAUUUUCGUCGGUGUCGUGCGCGUUUAAGCCCCGGCUGGUGGGGGACUGGGAGCCCCAGCCGGUCGAGUUCCGCACCGUCCUGGACGACCGGAACCCCAGCGCCCGCUACGUGACCGUCCCGCUGGACCGCCGCGCCGGCAAGGCGCUGCGCUGCCGCUUCUGGUUCGCCGACGCCUGGAUGCUGUUCAGCGAGAUCUCCUUCCUGUCCGCAGAUGCAGUGAUCCCCACUCAGGCUCCGCCUCUGACGACCACUUCCUUUCCCAAGGUGGAGACGGCCACGCCCACAGCCAUGGCCACGCCCACACACAGAAUAGAGACCACUCCUGUGAUCAAAGAUAAUCCUGAAGAGGGGAACACGUCUAUUCUGAUUGGCUGCCUGGUGACGAUCAUCCUCUUGCUGGUGGUGAUAAUCUUCCUGAUCCUGUGGUGUCAGUACGUGUGCAAAGUCCUGGAGAAGGCCCCCCGCCGCAUUCUGGAGGAGGAAGUCACGGUCCGUCUGUCCUCCAGCAGCGACACCAUCAUCCUGCAGACCCCCCCGGUGCCCCCCCGGGCGUCCCAGCUGGACUCCCCCUACGAGAGGGUCUUCCUGCUGGACCCCCAAUAUCAGGACCCCACAGCACUGAGAAACAAACUGCCUGAGCUGUCUGAGAGCGCAGAGGCCUCAGGUUGUGGGGGGGGCUACGCGGAGCCCGACGUGACCCAGUGUACCCCACACCAGUGCUUCCAGACCAGCGUACCGCACUACGCCGAGACCGACAUCGUCAACCUGCAGGGCGUCACCGGGAGCAACAUGUACGCCGUGCCCGCCCUGACGGUCGACUCGCUGACGCGCAAGGACAUCUCCGCGGCGGAGUUCCCCCGCCAUCGCCUGCUGUUCCGCGAGAAGCUGGGGGAGGGGCAGUUUGGGGAGGUGCACCUGUGUGAGGCGGAGGGUCUGGCUGAGUUUUUGGGGGAGGGCGCACCCUUGCCUGAACGGGAUGGGAAACCAGUGCUGGUAGCAGUCAAACAGCUGAGAGCAGACGCCACCAACAACGCCAGGUGUACCAACACGCUCACACACGCCAACAACAUCCCCUCAGUCAGCCUGUCGGACCUGCUGCACAUGUCGGUGCAGAUCUCCUCAGGUAUGCGCUACCUGGCGUCGCUCAACUUCGUGCACCGGGACCUGGCCACACGGAACUGCCUGCUGGACCGGCGGCUGACCAUCAAGAUCGCCGACUUCGGCAUGAGCCGCAACCUGUACAGCAGCGACUACUACCGCAUCCAGGGCCGGGCCGUGCUGCCCAUACGCUGGAUGGCCUGGGAGAGCAUCCUGCUGGGCAAGUUCACCACCGCCAGCGACGUGUGGGCGUUUGGGGUCACCCUGUGGGAGAUCUUCACUCUGUGCAAGGAGCAGCCCUACAGCCUGCUGUCUGACGAGCAGGUCAUAGAGAACACUGGCGAGUUCUUCAGGAACCAAGGCAGACAGAUCUUCCUGUCUGCCCCGCCCCUCUGCCCCCCCUCGCUGUUCGAGCUGAUGAUGUGCUGCUGGGCGCGUGACGGCAGAGACCGGCCCACCUUCGAGCGUCUGCACCAGGCCCUGCGACCGCACACCACUGCCCCCCGGAGGACUGGGGGACUCAUGGCACCCCUCUACUAAACCCCUCCCCCUAACUUUACUCUCUCUCUCUCUCACGUGCACACACGCACGUGGACGCCUCUUUUUAAACAAACACUAAAUGGUGAUGAACUUGCUAGUGAAUGAGAGCAAGAGAUCGAGAGUGAGCAAGAAGUUCGGAGGGAUAAGUGGACGGAUAAGGAUGGAGAAGGUAGGCGGGACUUCCUGAAAACCUGCCUUCAUCGUUGGUUGGUGUGAAGUUAUGACCAUUAUUUUUUUUUUUUAUUCAUUGAUGCUCCAGAAAAGAAACUCCCUCUCUUUAACGAGAUCCUUCACCUUUCUUGCGGUUUUAUUACAAAAUUUUUCUUCAAAUGGUACCGAAUAACAACCAUCAACACUUUUCAAGCCUGAACGCGCAGUUUGAACGUCAGCAACUGGACUCUGUUGUCUGUUGGCCCUGUGGUUUUUGUAUUGUAACGCACUGCUGUUUUUAAAUGUGUGUUUUUUUUAUUGUUUAUGUUCCUUAUUAACCCCCCACACUGGAGUUAGCAUUAGAAUUACUGUGUUUUUUUUGUAUUUAGUAUUUUGUUUUCUUUCUGAACAUGAAUGUUAAAACAGAUUAGUUUGUAUAAAGCCUGGUUUCGACCUCUGGCUGAAGCAGAACUACUGUCGUAGCGUUUUUCAGGAGCGGGUUGGGGAGCCAAUAUUGGACUGAUGUGUAAUGGGCCACACUUGUCUCUCUCUCUCUCUCAGCACCCCCUCCCAUUUUAAUGCAACUGUCUGAACCAAACCCCCCCCCCCCCCUCCAGCUACAUUCUGCAGUGGACCCUGCCAUCCUGCCAAUAUCACAAGAGUGGUCUACUUCACGUGUACAUCCAUUGAACCGUGUUGUAUUUGUGUACAUGCCUUGCCUAUCAGUGGUACAGGAGGUUAACAAAAUCUGGCCCCCCGUCCCAGAGUCUGCCAGCAUUGGGAAUUCUGUCGGAGGAAUACUCCGCACCGCUCUUCCACCAGAAAGCCAAUCAGGUCCCUCGUGUUUGAUGGGAGAGGAAUUCCAGAGUGUUCCGUAAACGCUGGACUGGAUCGUUCAGAUCUGGUGGCUAAUUUUUGGGGUUACUCGAGCCUGGGGUUCGUGUACUUUAUCUUUUACUGGGACCCCUGUGUAAAUUAGGGGUUCAGGUGUAUUGGGGUUCAGAUAAUUUAGGGGAUUUUUCGGGGGAGGGGAGAAUACCUGUCGAUGGCACAUGCCCAUUGAAGGGAGAGCAUUCUUAUGAUCUUGUUGGCCUGAGAAAUCUAAUCGCAGUUUCUAGUUUGUGUACCCAAUCCCUUUUUCGUAUGAAUUUGCUUUUCCGUACGUUUUUGACUUUGCUGUUGCCUUUGUAAUUUUUUGUUUGCAUGCACCCUCUGGGGUGAACACAUGACUAGCACGCUAGCAUUAGCAUUAGCAUCACUGAGAUUGCCAUUUAACGUGGGCCUGUAGAAUACAGCUACGUAACGUCUGUACCCUUUCUUUCCGCUGGCUGCCACUGUCGCCGUUGCUGCCACUUUACGUUAUUGCUGACUGUGUUAAAGGUACAUGUUGGAGAGCCAAUCAGGGGCCAGUGGGAUGUGGCUUUCUGGAGGUGUGUUAGACAUUCCUGGUACAGGGAUAUUGAUUGAUUGGGUGGUGGUGUUUGGGAUGGGAGGACGGGGCUACAUUUAUGAGCCCCAUUGUGCAAUACAAUCUGCAGUGGGAGGGGGGAGGGGCAGGGAAACCACUAAACUCCAUCUCCCAGAAGCCUUUGCUGAAAUGAGCCUGUGUCUUUCCUGUUAUCACUGAGCAGGAAGUGUGUGUAUCUCAGCCUGUUUGGGUGAAUGGCAGUAUCAAGUGUAAGUGUGAGUGUGUGCAUGCGUACGCAAGCGUGUGUGUGUGUGUGCGCGCAUGUGUGUGCUAACUGACUGGGUGUUCAUUGUGGAGAUGGAAAUGGCAACAAAUCUUGAUAUAGCGACACUUUCUGGUUUUCUGUCUUUUGUUAUAUCAAUCCGUAAUCUCUUUUUGGACUCGUGUGGCCAUCAUGUACAUAGUAUAGUCAGAAUAGAGUUGUACAGUAAUAUAUUGGGAGUUUAGGAGGACAUUCCUGCACCAUGCAUUUUACUUCAUUUUCUCCUUUCAUGAAAUCAAUCAUUAAACAGAACAAGAUCUCCA